UGAAUUGUGUUCAAAUUGGCGUCGUGCUGUGAGUCGUUGUCUAACAAAAAGGAACGGUUUGUUUUUUGUAACCCUUGCCCUAUAUUGUUUACUGUUAUGUACUCUUAAUAUAUAAAGUGUUUUUGUGUUGUUUUAACUGCUACUUUGAGCGCUACAAGCGUUUCUUUCGAGUCACACGUUUUGGCGCAAUUUGUUUGAAAAAAAAAGCGGUCCUCUUUGAUGUCACGUGACCACAUUACGUAACCUGUGUCCUGUUGGUAAAAUGUCUUAUUUUUUUUACGGUUAGGAAGCAGAGCGGCACAAGGAGUAACAGAGAAGGAGUUUAUGUGAUGUUUACUUCAUGUUCAGGACUGAUUGUAUUCAAGGACAAGUUGCGCACCUCCGCUACGCAAAGUGUGGAAGUACUGCUCCCCCGCAGUUCGACAAGUGAACGGGGGAGUUAAUGAUUGACAUGAAGAUGUCCCGAGGAACGUUAACCUCAGGAUUGCCCGUGGCCCCCACACGCUUCUGCCCUCCACACCGAAAGGACAUCCUUUCUGAAUGAUCAGGUUUAGGCCGCAUGGAAACGGCGUAUCGGCUUAGGAAAGCGCGCGAUGAGUCAACGCCAUCGUCUUCCCCACGUGGACGUGGACAUCGACCAGGAGGAUCCUCGCGCCGGCGUCAUGGCCGUCCUGCGAGCGGUGAGGCCUCACUGGAGCCCCGAAGGCGUCCGCCUGAAGACCUUCACCGAGGGCCUCACCAACCGUCUCCUGGGUUGUUCCGUGGCCCAGUCCGACACGGUUCUGGUGCGUCUCUACGGCAAGAAGACUGAGCUCUUUCUGGACCGCCAGCGGGAGGUGGAGAUGUUCCAGGUGUUCCACGCUCACGGCUGCGGUCCGGAGAUCUACUGCAGCUUCCGGAACGGACUCUGCUACCAGUUUGUGGAAGGAACCGUGCUGGAGGACCCGCUGCUCUACCAGCCCUCCAUCUACAGGUUGAUCGCGGCGGAGGUGGGUAGAAUCCACUCCAUCCGGACUCCGUGCUCUCGCCCCCCCGAGCCUUUCCUGUGGACCAAAGUGUCCCACUUUCUCACGCUACUGAGGAACAGUGCGGUACAAACGCCGCGCACAAAGAGUCCCGCGGCCGGCCAGCAGUUUCCCAGCUUGGCGACGCUGUCAGCGGAGGCGGAGUCACUGGAGCGACACCUCUCGCUGGUGGACUCGCCGACCGUGAUGUGUCACAACGACCUGCUGACCAAAAACAUCAUCCACGACCGCAAGCAGGGGAGGGUGAAGUUCAUCGACUUCGAGUACGCAGAUUACAACUACCAGGCCUACGAUAUUGGCAAUCACUUCAAUGAAUUUGCCGGCACACAAGACGUCGACUACAGCCGCUACCCGAGCCCCCAGCUGCAAAACGCCUGGCUGGAGGCCUACCUGGAGAGCUACAAGCGCUGCAGGGGGCAAGACGUCACCGUCACCCAGGCCGAAGUGACCCGGCUCAACGUCCAAGUGUGCAAAUUCUCUCUGCAGGCGUCCAACUUCUUCUGGGGUCUGUGGGCUGUCCUCCAGUCUCAAAGCUCUUCUAUUGAUUUUGAUUUCCACAGAUACGCUAUGGUGCGACUCAACCGCUACUUCGAGAAAAAAGAAGAAUACUUUUCGCUCUCUCUCUGAUGAAGAGGUUUCCGAUACCGUGCGUGACACGUUUUCUUGAGAGGUGUCCGCCGCUCUCAUGAAGUCAAUGACACAAAUACCAUAGGGGCGUGAGAGAGUUAACCACUGAGCCAAAACAGCAGCACGUACACAUACGAUCGUGUUGUCGUCUUUCAUGGCAAUACUGUAGUUUUUAGUUUUUAGUUUUUUUUUUACAGAUGUUUUGUGUAGUUUUUUUUUUAAUUUGAAAUAAAAAUUUAAUGAUUUUUCCGGCAAUUAUCAGGCAUUUUCGGACAAUUACGGAAAAACGUUUGCUGUCAAUUAGCACUAUACUGUAAUGGGGCCAAAUUAUACAAUUAAUUACAAUUUUAAAUAAUUACAUAAAUGUGUCAUUAAUUAAUUAUAAUCGGAAUUAUAUACAUACAUGUGCCAUUAAUUUAUUUAAUGCCGUUUAAAUUUUAUUUAAAUACUGAAUUAAUUGUGUCAUUAUCUAUUUCAUGAUUCAAUUCAUAUUUUAAUGGAUUAUUUCUAAAUUUAAAUAACUAUUUCAUAAUUUAAUGUUUUAUUUAAAUAGUUCAUAAUCAUGUGUGUCAGGGCUUUAUGAUUUUUUUUUUUAUCCGUCAAACUCAGCCAUCAAUGUUAGUAGGCGUGGCUUACAAGAAUCUAGUCCAAUGAUAGCCUUGGAACUUUGGGAGUCUUUGCAUACAUGGCGGCUAAGGAGAAUACACACAAUUGGGACCAAAUUGGACAAUUACAUCUUUUAAUAAUUACCUAAAUGUGUUAUUAAUUAAUUAUAAUCGGAAUUGUAUACAUAUAUGUGGUAUUUAAUGUGUCAUUAUUUUUUUUAUGUAAAUGUGUGUUCAAAUAAUACAUUUUUUUAUAAUUUAUUUUAAGAUUGAAUUAAUUAUGUCAUUAUUUAUUGAAUUAUUUUAAGACUUAAUUAAUUCGUGAAUUGACUGAUUAUUUCACAAUUUCUGAAAUUGUUUCAUAAUUUAAGGAUUUAUUUAAUUAUUUCAUAAACAUGUGUGUCAGCGCUUUAUGAUUUAUUUUUUUUUGUCAAACUCAGGCCAUCAAACUCAGUGGGCGGGGCUUACAGUGAUAGCCUUGGAACUUUGGGAGUCUUUGCAAACAUGGCGGCUAAGGAGAAUAUGCACAAAUGGGACCAAAUUAGACAAGUACAUUUUUAAAUAAUUACCUAAAUGUGUUAUUAAUUAAUUAUAAUCGGAAUGAUAUACAUACAUGUGGUGAUGCCGGGUAAUCAAUCAGGCGUUAGGACCCGCUCACUGACUUUGAUGGCUGAAUUUGACGGAUAAAAU